UGUGAGCUAUUUUCUCCCCAAAGAUUAGGGAAACUUUCGAUUUUUGAAUCUUUGAUUUUUGUCACUGUCACAAAGCAGCCAUUCCACUUGUCAUCGCUGACUGUCUUAGUGCUCUUUAUUAUAAAAAAGGAUUUACAAAUUUUUAAAAUAUUUCCAAGUUACUGCAAUGACUGCCAGUGCAUGUAUACGGAUGUGAAUCAUAAAACAAGUACAGCACAUUUAAUCGAAACUAAGAAGCUGAUAAAUCAUCCAGGUUACCAAAUUCCCGAAUGGAAUAAAGGAUAUCAAUUAUUGCGGAAAACUGGUUGGAAUGAAUAUGAAGGAUUAGGCAAAGAUGGAAGUGGUCACCGAUAUCCUAUAAGAUCUGUUCUGAAACGAGAUCGAUUUGGAUUUGGCCUGAAAAAGCAGACGCCUAAAGUAACCCAUUUCCUGCCAUUCGAUAAACGAGCAAUUGAAAAAGUGAAAAAAAAAUCGAAACGAGAAUUAAAAGAAAUUGAACGACGCAAAGCAAAUCGUACGAAACAACUUGAAAUUGAUUUCAGAAUGAUGUUUCAUUUUGAUCAAUGA